GUGAGCACAACAGAGGAGGCUUGUUCCUGUUCACCGGUAAACAUGCACAUUUAUCAUUUCAUCUUUUGUGCGGUUUUCUCUCUCUGCAGUCCAGUUUUCUCAGAUGAAGAUUUUUACCAGUCCAGAGCUUGUUGCACAUUCAGUGGUUCACACUAUGAUGACAUGGAAUAUACACUUAAAUUUGCUUUUAACGACAACCUUAUGAUGGAGUUCAACAGCACGAGAGGCAACUGGACGGGAUUCACACCCUAUUCAGUUAUGGUUGCACACACCUGGAGUAGUGAUCCCUUUGACGCAGUUGUAAGAGCGGUGGAGAAGAAGCUGUUGUGUGAAGACAACUUAGGCCUCAUCCAAGACUUCGCUGUUCUUGGAUCUGCACCGACCAUCAGGCUGAAGGCAGUGAAGCAGCCGCCCAUGCUCGUGUGCAGCGCUUAUAACUUUUACCCGAAAGAAAUCGAAGUGACGUGGUGGCGACACGGACAGAAAGUGACCACAGGGAUCAGUUACUCUGAAGCGCUGGCUGAUGGGGAGUUCUACUACCAGAUCCAUUCCUACCUGGAGGUCACCCCGACUCUUGGAGACAACAUCUCCUGCAUGGUGGAACACCACAGCCUCUCUGAGCCGGUGGUCGUGGUCUGGGACCCGUCCCUGCCGGUGGCACAACGGGCUCAGAUCGCUGUCGGACUGUGUGGACUCAUGCUUGGUUUGGCUGUUUUCAUCUGUGGACUCAUUUACUACCAGAAAAAGCCUGCUGCCUACGUCAGUGUCGGCCACGGACGGGUGAUGAUUCCUGUGGAACACCUGCCUGCAGGUGGAGCCACGUUGCAGCCUGACAUCGCAGCCCCGGAUGAAGCACACACAUGGAAAUGAAAGCUAUGUGUUGUGAUUGUUGGUACAUUUAAGACCAGUUGUUCCUAAACACAUGUAUUUGCAGAGGUGCUGGUUCCAGUUAGCCGGUUAAGCCUCCAUUAGAUGUAUGAAUGACAUGUUCAACAACAACCAAAUAAAGCUUCAGUUUAUAUGAAGGAAA